CAGCAGCGCAUUCUGUAAGUCCAUGCUUCGGCUAAAAAUACUAUCAAAAUAGUCUGUAAAAAAAAAAGGCACUGGUAGUUCUGGUUGCUUUAGCUAUUUGUUGUGGUUUCUUACACUUUGAGCAGAUAUUGUUUAGGAGACUGAUAGAGUAUGGCUGAUGGUGGAGGUGUUGUUGAAGGGGAUGUUGAUGAACCUCCCAGCAUGAGCUGUCCACUGGUCACUGUUUCACAUCUACCAAACACCACUGCAGCUGGUCGUAACCUGAAGGAAUGGCUCCAAGAGCAAUUCUGUGACAAGCCUCUGGAACAGUGUGAGGACAUGCGUCUACAUAACGCUGCCUAUGUUGGAGAUCUGGACACUAUCAAGACCCUCCUUCAAGAAGACAGCUUCAAGCAACGGAUCAAUGAAAAGUCAGUUUGGUGCUGUGGUUGGCUGCCCUGCACGCCCUUACGUAUUGCGGCAACUGCGGGUCACGGCAAAUGCGUGGAUUUCCUCAUUUCUGAGGGAGCUGAAGUGGACCUGGUGGAUGUGAAAGGUCAGACUGCUCUGUAUGUGGCUGUGGUUAAUGGACACCUGGACUGUGUGAAAAUCCUUCUGGAAGCCGGUGCUGAUCCAAACGGCAGCAGGCACCAUCGAAGCACCCCACUGUACCACGCUGCACGAGUGGGCCGAGUGGACAUCCUGCAAGAGCUCAUCAGGUUCAAUGCUGAUGUUGAUGUGGAUCACCAGCUGGGCCCCAGGCCCUUGUUUAGCGCCCGCACUCUGUCAACUCUGGUAGUCUGUCCGCUGUACAUCAGCGCUGCGUACCACCACCUCCACUGUUUCCGGAUGCUUCUGCAGGCCGGUGCCAAUCCAGACUACAACUACACUGGCCCCGUGAGCAGGGAAGCUCUUGCAAGGGGCCUGGCCUCCUGUCUUUUGGAUGCAGUUCUGAGACACGGCUGUGAACCAGCCUUCGUUAGCUCGCUGCUGGACCAUGGCGCUGACCCGUGGCUGGUCCCUUGGGAUGAGCUUGACCCUGAUGCCAUGGGUCGUGUAAGAGUUAACCCUGAGGCUCUUCGCAUCUACCAGGAGGCCAGAAGACGCCCGAGGAAACUGACAUACAUGUGCCGCAUUAAAAUCCGAGAAGUCGUGGGCAAGCAGCGCCUAUCAAGUAUCUCUUCCCUUCCGCUGCCAGACACCGUCAAAAACUUUCUGCUCCAUACAGACUGACGUGACACUGCUGCUCCAUGUAGAUUGGCAGUUGUACUGGCAAGGUAAAUGGAGGUGAUGGGCAAUGUCAUCUAGAGGUUAAUGUUUUACAUGUUUGGGGUUUCUGAAGAUCGGAAGCCUUUUCUGUUAUUGCUGUUAUGCUUCAAGCUCUUUAAAGUCAAUGUGAAAGUGUUUCGCAUGCCAUUUUACUUCCGUAAUUUGACAUAUUUCAGAGUGCAACAAGAUGUUCAGUGAGAAAAAUGGAGAACUUGAUUUUAUCCAUCUGGAAUUGAUUGGAUCAUGAAUAGUGGCCAUUGCAUAUCAAAAUGUAAGUUUGAAAACUCCGUUUUCAGUGGAGGAAAACACCUUUCUAGUGAGGAUGAGAGUUGUAAAUGUAGUGACAUUUAAGUGAUUUCAAACGAAAGCGUAUUAGUGUGAACAUUUCAUAUAUCGCUUGCCUUUAUUCUUUAUCUCAUUUUAAUUUUUUUAUAGUAGUUCAAAUAACUAUAUUUAUUGGUGUCUUUGAUUAUAUUGCUGUUGCCACUGUUUUAUAAAACCUUUGCAUUGUGCUGCAGAACUCCCCUUACUCAUUGUAAAAUCACUGUAAACUCGUGGCCUCUUGUGGCUUAUUGCUUUAGCAAAAACUGUUUUUAAAGGUGAAAUCUGAAGUUACUGUGAUUGACAAGUGAAUUCCACCCAAACAGAAAUGCUUCUGUAUAUUUAAUUCCUGUAUCUCUUUAAACUGGACUUCUGUAUGUGGUGUUGUGAGUUAAGCAUGCUGGAAAAAAAGAGUUUGUUAUAAUUUAUUAUUUAUGUAAACACCUGCCUUCUGUAUUCAACAAGACUUAUCAUAUUUAUAUCAGUGUUCUUUUACUUAUAUGCUGCAUAUAACAUUACCACAUUUAACAACAUAACAUUACAUUACUUGAAUUUUUUUCAAAAUUAUUAUGAAAUCUGUGCAUUCUGAUAGACAUACAGUAUACUGUAUGUGCUUAUAUUCACCUUCAUGUCCUACUGGGAGUUGCUUUAAUUUGACCCGUAUUGUUUCAUUUCAAAACUGAAUACUGAAAUUAGAAAACCUAUUGCACAAAUCUCCCUGGUCCCACUGGUUUGUUUAAUUGUUUGUAUUUAGCUUUAUGGUUUCUCUUUUACCCUAUGGAGCUGUCGUUAUCCUUUGCCUCUCAGCAUUUGAAUUAUUGUUAAAGCUUAUGACUAAACGUUUUUAUCCAUUCAGUGGGAUCCAAAAGUCUAAGACAACUAGAACAAAUGUUUCUCUAAUGCAUUUUUCAAUUUAAUGUAAAAUUAUAUGUAAAAUGUAAUGUUAUGUACAAUUUUAUGUGUUUUUAUUAAAAAUUAUAUUAUCAGCACAACAAUUUGCUUUUGCUUUUGCUUUAAUGACAGCAUGCACUCGAGCUGGCAUGAACUCCACAAGUUUGUGCCAGACCUUAUGAUCAUGUUCUCCAGCAUGAUUUGAGAACGAUCCAAAGAGCGUCUUGUAUACUUCAAUGGAAGCAAGAAAAUUUGUACAAAGAAGUUAACAUGAUUAAAGGGAUAGUUCACCUAAAAAUGAAAAUUCUCUCAUCAUUUACACACUCUCAUGCCAUCCCAGAUGUGAGUGACUUUCUUCAGCAGAACACAAAUGAAGAUUUUUAGAAGAAUAUCUCAGCUCUGUAGGUCCAUACAUUGUAAGUGAAUGGUGACCAGAAUUUUGAAGCUCAAAUAAAGCACAAAGUCAGCAUAAAAGUCAUCCAUAUGACUCCAGUGGUUUAAUCCAUGUCUUCAGAAGCAAUAUGAUAGGUGUGGAUGAGAAACAGAUCAAUAUUUAAGUCUUUAAGCUCUGACCAAUAGGUGGCGAUAUGCACGAAGUAUGCUAAUUGCCAAAAAAACAAGAAGAAGAAUGUGGAAGUGAAAGUGAAAGUGGAGAUUUAUAGUAAAAAGGACCUAGAUAUUGAUCUGUUUCUCACUUGCAUUGAAUGGACUGGAGCUGAGAUAUUCUUCUAAAAAAAAUCUUCAUUUGUGUUCUACACGUCUGGAAUGGCAUGAGUGUGAGUAAAUGAUGAGAGAAUUUUCAUUUUUGGGUUAACUAUUCCUUUCAGGUCACAGAUUUGCCUACAUUUGAUUAGUGACCUAAAAAUAAUGCAUAAGCUUAAAUAUUUCUCCUUCAUUUUACAUUAUACUGUAACUAUUUAUUUAUUUAAAACAUUGUUUAUUUUCAGGAUUAAAUGAGAAAAAUCACAGAUUUUCAAUAUGGCCUCUGUAUAUUUAAGUAUAUAUCUAAAUAUAAACGUAAUUUUCAUUUGGCACAACAGUGAUCUAUAUUUCCCGUAAGAUCUAUCAUGUCUUCACAGAAGCACUGCCCACAAGUUUCUCAGGGGUCUUAGUAGAUAUCAUGAAGAGUUAUCAUAUCUUACCAUCCUAUAAUUGUCCCUGAUAUCCCAGAUUCCACUGAGGUUUUCCCAGAUAUCCCAUAUUUCCCAGGCCUCAUCAAUCUAGCCCAUUCCCUGUGUACAACUGCCUUUUUUCCUUGUCAAACUUUAACUUCAGUGUGCUGUGACAUUAAAACCACAUCUUGUUGAAAACCACAAACUGUGGAAAAAGCAAAGCCUGGGAAAGGCCGAGAUCUGCCAACAAAUCGCCCAGUGGACUUGUAGAGAACUGCAGUCCCUUUAUCAGUGUCUGCCCAAUAAGGGAAAGGUGCGUUCACACACUCAUAAAUGCUCUCUUGUUUGUGAAUGCCCUGUAAGAAUUUCCCCUCUGUGUAUUUU